AUGUCAAAUAAAACAUACAACGAUCUGAUUUGUGAGACUUCGGAGCUUAUAGGAGAAGCCACUCAAACGGACGAAGCGGUUUUCGAAGCGGGGUCGGCUGAACGUUCCGUAUUUCAGCCACUUUUAUCGGAGUUACGUAUAAGAUAUACAGUGCUGGUUCGUAGAUUAGACACAAUUUACGAUCAACUACUGCAGCCACAAAAGCGCUUAAUUGUCCGACGCCUUUUGGAAGCUUGCCUGGGAAGAUUACUCGAGAUCAAGUAUGAUUUGGUGGAACUGCAUUUAUCCGAUUUUACUUAUGACGACGACGAGGCUUUACAAAAGCUGCAGGUAACACCACAAGAGGCGGAACCAUGUGUUCCGCAGUAUUUUAUAAGGGAAAGAGAAGAAGAAUUAGACCAGCAACGAAAGUUCAUAACUGACACUCUUAGGAAACUUGGUCACGAAACUUUAAAGCCUCCGUCUUUAGUGUUGACAGAGCAGCAAGCAGUCAUCAUCAUACAGAGCCAUGAAAGAGCUCGUCAAGGAAGGCUGAGG